GGGAGGCGAGGAGAGGAAGGGAGGGGAAGGUUCACAGCAACGAAGUGAGCAGCAACGCAGUGAGCAGCAACGCAGUGAGCAGCAACGCAGUGAGCAGCAACGCAGUGAGCAGCAACGCAGUGAGCAGCAACGCAGUGAGCAGCAACGCAGUGAGCAGCAACGCAGUGAGCAGCAACGCGGUGAGCAGCAACGCAGUGAGAAGCAACGCAGUGAGCAGCAACGCAGUGAGAAGCAACGCAGUGAGCAGCAACGCAGUGAGCAGCAACGCAGUGAGCAGCAACGCAGUGAGCAGCAACGCAGUGAGCAGCAACGCAGUGAGCAGCAACGCAGUGAGCAGCAACGCAGUGAGCAGCAACGCAGUGAGCAGCAACGCAGUGAGCAGCAACGCAGUGAGCAGCAACGCAGUGAGCAGCAACGCAGUGAGCAGCAACGCAGUGAGCAUCAACGCAGGGAGCAGCAACGCAGCGAGCAGCAACGCAGCGAGCAGCAACGCAGCGAGCAGCAACGCAGCGAGCAGCAACGCAGCGAGCAGCAACGCAGCGAGCAGCAACGCAGUGAGCAGCAACGCAGUGAGCAGCAACGCAGUGAGCAGAAACGCAGUGAGCAGCAACGCAGUGAGCAGCAACGCAGUGAGCAGCAACGCAGUGAGCAGCAACGCCGUGAGCAGCAACGCGGUGAGCAGCAACGCGGUGAGCAGCAACGCAGUGAGAAGCAACGCAGUGAGCAGCAACGCAGUGAGCAGCAACGCAGUGAGCAGCAACGCAGUGAGCAGCAACGCAGUGAGCAGCAACGCAGUGAGCAGCAACGCAGUGAGCAGCAACGCAGUGAGCAGCAACGCAGUGAGCAGCAACGCGGUGAGCAGCAACGCAGUGAGAAGCAACGCAGUGAGCAGCAACGCAGUGAGAAGCAACGCAGUGAGCAGCAACGCAGUGAGCAGCAACGCAGUGAGCAGCAACGCAGUGAGCAGCAACGCAGUGAGCAGCAACGCAGUGAGCAGCAACGCAGUGAGCAGCAACGCAGUGAGCAGCAACGCAGUGAGCAGCAACGCAGUGAGCAGCAACGCAGUGAGCAGCAACGCAGUGAGCAGCAACGCAGUGAGCAGCAACGCAGUGAGCAGCAACGCGGUGAGCAGCAACGCAGUGAGAAGCAACGCAGUGAGCAGCAACGCAGUGAGAAGCAACGCAGUGAGCAGCAACGCAGUGAGCAGCAACGCAGUGAGCAGCAACGCAGUGAGCAGCAACGCAGUGAGCAGCAACGCAGUGAGCAGAAACGCAGUGAGCAGCAACGCAGUGAGCAGCAACGCAGUGAGCAUCAACGCAGGGAGCAGCAACGCAGCGAGCAGCAACGCAGUGAGCAUCAACGCAGGGAGCAGCAACGCAGCGAGCAGCAACGCAGCGAGCAGCAACGCAGCGAGCAGCAACGCAGUGAGCAGCAACGCAGUGAGCAGCAACGCAGUGAGCAGCAACGCAGUGAGCAGAAACGCAGUGAGCAGCAACGCAGUGAGCAGCAACGCAGUGAGCAGCAACGCAGUGAGCAGCAACGCCGUGAGCAGCAACGCGGUGAGCAGCAACGCGGUGAGCAGCAACGCAGUGAGAAGCAACGCAGUGAGCAGCAACGCAGUGAGCAGCAACGCAGUGAGCAGCAAUGCAGUGAGCAGCAACGCAGUGAGCAGCAACGCAGUGAGCAGCAACGCAGUGAGCAGCAACGCAGUGAGCAGCAACGCAGUGAGCAGCCGCGUAGUGAGGAGGGCCGCCGCACGCUCGUUGCCGCCCAGCACUCGCUGUUUCGGUUCUACCUCGCCCGGCGAGUCCCACCCACCUCAGGCGACCCGAGAAAUACAAGCUGCUUCUUGUCCCCGCUAG